CGGCGCUUUGGCUGUUUGGUCGCGGUGCCGGUUGGGAAGAGCUGGAGCGACGGGGGCCAUAGAUGGCCACGGCCGUUUGAUGUGGUGGUCGUCUAUGUUUCAAACCGCUGGGUCUCAACAAUUCAUACAUUUUACUGGAUUAAAGGACUGGGUGAAAAAUUGUACUUGGCCUCUUUACAGUAGCCAUCUGACAAAUUUCAUUAAGCUUAUCCUACUGCUCUACGGCAAGUGGAGUGCUGUACAUUGCCUUAACAUCUAACACAUAGCGGUAAGAGUUGUGUUUGAUGGAGUCAGUGCAAAACAUCUACUGAAUCUCUGAAUACUUAAAGGAAAAAAAGCCCCUGUGAGCAUUGGAGGACAUUUCCAGUGACACAGGAAGCUAAGAGGGCUUUGGCAGAAGGAGGGUUCCCUCGCUUACCAGAGCUCUGGACUACAAUUUCCAGAUAUGAAGUGCCUCAUUUUGGACUCGUCCUGAAUCAUGGUCCAGAGACUAGGGCCCUAAACUGUCUCCACGCUGCACCUCCUCCCUAUUGCCCCCCCCUCCCCCCCCAAGAAAAAGCCCUGUGGUCCUCAGCCUCGGUGUGUGGGGAUGGGCCUGCUUGAGUCCCCUUUCAACAGCCUGCUGUGCAUGCUGCUGGGCAUUUCCUUCACUGUGUGGUUCACGCUGCUGCUCGUCUUCAUCGUCGUGCCGGCCAUUUUCGGCCUCUCCUUUGGCAUCCGCACCCUCUAUAUGAAGGUCCUGCUCAAGGUGUUCGAGUGGGCAACCCUUCGCAUUGAAAGAGGCGCCAAGGAGAAGAAGCACCUCCUGUAUAAACCCAACACUAAUGGCAUCAUAGCCAAAAAGCCAACCUCCCUGGAGGAGGAGCUUAAAGAGAUCCGGCGAAAUGGCAGCGGCCGGGACCUGGAUGGGUCCUCCCCCACGGUCCAGGGCCCAUCCCCUUCCUCCUCAGAGUUUGCCGUGUCGGACAUUUUCUACUUCUGCCGGCGCGGUGUGGAGAGCAUCGUGGACGAUGAGGUGACCAAGCGCUUCACGGCCGAGGAGCUGGAGUCCUGGAACCUGCUUACGCGCAGCAACUACAACUUCCAGCACAUCAGCGCGCGUUUGACGGCGCUGUGGGGGCUGGGGCUGCUGAUCCGCUACUGCUGCCUGCUGCCCCUCAGGUUGACCCUAGCUAUAACAGGUGUCACACUAUUGGUUGUCUUCACCACCAUAAUUGGAUUUCUGCCCAAUGGCAGGAUGAAGAAUUUUCUCAGUGAGAAAGUGCAUUUGAUGUGUUACCGCAUUUGUGUGAGAGCACUUACUGCUAUCAUCACUUAUCAUCACAGUGAGAACAAGCCUAAGAAUGGAGGCAUCUGUGUUGCCAACCACACCUCGCCCAUUGAUGUCAUCAUUCUAGCCAGUGAUGGCUGCUAUGCGAUGGUUGGGCAGACCCAUGGAGGUCUCAUGGGGAUCAUUCAGAGAUCCAUGGUAAAGGCAUGCCCACACAUAUGGUUCGAACGCUCGGAAAUCAAAGAUCGCCAUCUGGUGGCCAAAAGGUUGAGUGAUCAUGUAGAAGACAAAAACAAACUGCCAAUUCUCAUCUUUCCAGAAGGUACCUGCAUCAACAACACAUCUGUGAUGAUGUUUAAAAAGGGAAGCUUUGAAAUUGCCUCCACCAUCUACCCCGUGGCCAUCAAGUAUGACCCUCGCUUUGGGGAAGCCUUCUGGAACAGCAGUAAGUUUGGCAUGGUGAGCUAUCUCCUACGCAUGAUGAGCAGUUGGGCCAUCGUCUGCAGCGUGUGGUACCUGCCCCCUAUGAGCCGCCAGGAAGGGGAAGACGCCGUCCAGUUUGCCAAUAGGGUGAAGGCAGCCAUCGCUAGGCAGGGCGGGCUGGUUGACCUGCUGUGGGACGGAGGCUUGAAGAGGAGUAAAGUGAAGGACACCUUCAAGGAGGAACAGCAGAAGCUGUACAGCAAGAUCCUGGUGGGAACACACGAGGACCGUGGUCGCUCCUGAGGACACCGUCGCAGGCUCCGUGGGAAACGCCGGACAAACCACCUCAGUGGGACCACAAUAGCUCUCCUUAAAUAAAAGGUCUCCCUUCCACUGCCGUGACCGUACAAGAGUUCGAAUUUCACUUGUGUCCUGCUUAUGUCACUGCACCUCAGUUGUUAUUUUUGCCACACAAGAGGCAGCUCUGAAUAAUCUGAUGACAGCACCAUGUCCCAAGGUCUUCCCGACCACUUCCUCUGAGACAAACUGGUUGUUAUUAGUGUCGACAAGAAGAGUUGGUUACUGUGACAAAAACCGUUGCCUGGCAACAGUAAUGUACUAUGUUGUUUCCUUCUGCUCAGUGAAUUAACAUUUAACAUUUUCUUUUUAUUUAUUUAAUCGGCCUUACGGAUGUCAUGCUGGACAUCUCUUGUCAUUGAUAUUUAUACGAAAGUACGCUCAAACAGUGAUGUAAUGCAACCUUUACUCACAGUUUAAGACAAGGUUUCUUAAUGCCAGCUUAUGACUGGCCAUAUCUGUCUUCAUUAUUUGACCUUCAUUGAACAUUUGUUAUCUCUUUAUAAUCAUGUAGCCACGAAAAUGGUUCGCAGGUGUUGAACCCCUCUCCUUUUUUUUACUGCACCAGAUGACUAUGAAUUUGCUUUUGCUGCUGUAGGCUGAGAACCCCGUCAUUCUUGCGUCAUUGUUUACCUCGCUAUUUACCACAUUGGAAAGACUUCAUGAUGCUGGCUACACAAAAUAGCCAGUUGAAAACUUUCUCUUCACUUUGGACAUGCAAAGGGACUUCUCUCCAGGUUACAGGGAGUGAUGGGAUUCAAGCAAUAUUUUUACAUGUAUUUGUCAUAUCUGAUGAAUUUGUGUUUAAGUGUAAUUCUUAAUGCUAAAGAAUGUGAUUAUUUUUUAUCCUUCCUUCAAGAAUAUGGUCCACACACACUGUAACGUACUGUAUUUGAGCAUAAUCCUAAAAGCUUGCUAACAUUACUGUUACCCUAAAACAUCUCGAAGCCUAUUCAGUCACAAUCCAAAAGGCAUUAUUUGACAUAGCAGAAAUAUCCCCCAUCAUUCAAACAGUAUGUGCCCAGUAUUCCUGCUUUUUUUGCUGCUGUUCUUUCUCAUAGAGCUUGGUGGCGAAUUCAAGGAGGCACGUACCCGCAGUGUAAUUGAGGAAAUGGCCAAAUGCACCACAAUUGUCCACUUAGGAUUUACUGCAGGAGCAUUAAAGGUUCAUGUUUACUGUGACCUAACUGGCACCAUCCAGAGAAUGGCUGGCCUCGUCUGUGCUUUGUAGUUAGGAUGCACUGUUUGCUUGUGGCUGUAAAAGGGUGGAGACUGUUCAAGCAUGCAGUAUAUUGCAGAGCAGUACAUUUUGGUAUCCUUUCAAGAAAGUUAACACUAAUUGUAGCGCCACAUAACAGCAUUUAUGAAUGAGUGGUAGCACAGUCACAUAUAUGUCGAACUAGUUUUGUAAGCAACAUGCUAACAUACAGAUGUCCAGAUAAAUACCCUGGCACGAAAUCGCACCAUACCAGCUUGGUUUGAAGAUGUCGUUCUCUCUGCAUCACUCCAACUGCUAGUCCUUCAGUUUGUGCAGAACUUUAAAUAUGGUCCAAUCUGGCUUUAGUGGGAGGGGUUAAAUGCUGUGGAAACAGUAUGAAAAGCGCACGAUUCGAUGCAUUGUCCUCCAGCACGCACUCUGAAUGACUUCGCCAGCGGCCCUGCUGCUGAGCUCUGCCAUUUGACAGGGUAGCAUGAAGAUCUCAGUGAAGCUCCAUGUGGAGGGAUCUAGUGAACAUCUGAGGCAGUCUGCUGAUAAGGUUACAUCCACUUCAAACCAAGUUUGAACACUUUCAUUGGGUUUCAAUAUUGCCAAUGACUUGACCACUGCCAAGCUCUCAAAAGAAUCUUUUUCUUUGGCUCAUGAUACAUUAAGUGUUUGUAAAGCUGACACUGAUCUGUACUCUCCCAGAAAAACACUUGUCCUUGUGUGAUAUCCACAUAUGGAUGAAUGUGUCAAAGUAACCAGUAAAAAUGCUACAAAAUAU